AUAUAUAUACCCAUACAUACAUAAAUAUAUAUACCCAUAUAUAUACACAAAUACAAAUACAUCCACCAUGACCACCAGCAGCAACAAACACACCCCCCUCCACCUCACCCUCCGUCAAACCCUCCAACAGCGCGCGCGCAACCAAACCCUACGCACACUCACCCUCCCGACCCCCAACAGCAUCGACUUCUCCUCCAACGAUUUUCUAUCCCUAUCUACCAACCCGCUCUACCGCGCCCGCUACCUCCGCCAUCUCCAAGCCCUCCCCGCCACCCACCCACUCGCCAGCGGGGGCUCGCGCCUCCUGGACGGCAACUCGCAGUACACGGAGCAACUCGAGCACUUCCUGGCCGCCUUCCACCACAGCCCGGCCGCGCUGCUCUUCAACAGCGGCUUCGACGCCAACUGGGGCGUCCUCUCCACCCUCCCGCAACCCGACGACCUGGUCCUCUACGAUGAAGCCAUCCACGCCAGCGCCCACGAGGGCAUGCGCCGGUCCCGCACGAGCCGACUCCUCGCCUUCCGCCACAGUUGUCCCGCGGCGCUGGAGGCGGUGCUGCGGCGCCAGGUCGAGCUGGACCCCCGGGUGAGGAAUGGGGAGCGGAAUGUGUUUGUGGUGGUCGAGUCGGUGUAUAGUAUGGACGGGGAUGUCGCCCCCCUCCAGGCGUUUGUGGAGGUCGUGGAGCGGUGGUUGCCGGCGGGGAAUGGGUAUUGGAUCGUGGAUGAGGCGCAUGCCACGGGGGUGGUGGGACCCCGGGGGGUGGGGGUGGUGCAGGAGUUGGGACUAGAGGGGAGGAUGUUUGUUCGGGUGCAUACUUUUGGGAAGGCUUUGGGGGGACAUGGAGCGGUCGUCCUCUGCGACCCCGAUACGAGGGAGUAUCUCAUCAACUACGCCCGGAGUCUCAUCUACACCACCGCCCUAGGAUUCCCCUUCCUCGCGGCCAUCCGCACCGUGUAUGAGAUGUUGGAGGGCGGGGAGACGGUCGAGUUGCAAGACACCCUCCACCACAGAAUCCGCUAUCUACGCGAGCGAUUGACUGCAAUCCAGCCGGCAGAUCCCACCCUGUUCGCCUUGCAUCACCAUCCCGGCUCCCCCAUCUUCUCGCUGCGCUGCCCCCUGCCCCGCCGGCUGGCCGCCGCCUGUCAGGCUAAAGGGUACGUCGUGCGUCCCAUCCUUCCGCCCACCGUACCCGCCGGCCAGGAGCGCGUGCGGGUGUGUCUUCAUGCCGGGAAUACCGAGGAGGAGAUCGAUGGGCUGGUGGAGGUGAUUUCGGAGUGGUUGGCCGAGAUGCAGGAGGUGCAGCCGGUUGCCAAGGUGGCGCGGUUGUGAUGAGGGGUGCUAGCAGAUACUGCGUAUCAUGCAGGCAUGCUAUAGAGAGGUUGAUGGAGCUUGCUUUCGAGGAAGCAUGUUGGACGCCAAUUGCGGGUACUGUGGUUGUGGGUUGUGAUAUAGGGGUUACAUGGGGAUUCGAUAGAUACGGCAUAUAUAGUACUGCAG